AGGGGCCUUCAAAAAUCUCCCCAGGCUAAAAUACAUGAGCAUAUGUAAUACUGGAAUACAAUUUUUUCCCGAUCUGACACACAUUCAUUCAAUUGCAUCCAAUUUUAUUCUAGAAAUCUGUGAUAAUUUAAACAUUCUCAACAUACCAGAAAAUGCCUUUCAAGGAAUGAAUAACGAUUCCCUGACAUUGAAGCUGUAUAGAAAUGGAUUUAUAGAUGUGCAAAGUCAAGCAUUCAAUGGGACAAAACUGGAUAAACUGGAACUGAACGAUAAUACAAAUCUGAAGAGGAUACACAAUGAUGCCCUAAAGGGAGCUAUUGGACCAGAUGUAUUAGAUGUGUCCUCAACAGCCCUGGAGUUUCUUCCAUCUUACGGGUUGGAACACAUCCAGAAGCUAACUGCCCGCUUUGUGUACUCUCUGAAAAGAUUCCCACCCUUGGAAAAGUUCACCAAUCUCUUGGAGGCCAACUUGACAUACCCCAGUCACUGCUGCGCGUUCAAAAAAUGGGAGAAAGCAAAAGGGUAAAAUCUUGUGAUUUCUGGCACCACUAAUCUGUCAGUUGGAGUGAAGAACUCUUCUUCACAGAUCCCCGAAGCUGAAUUUUACUAUGAAUACGAGAACAUGGACGAAAUGAUCGACGGCAAUGCAUUCGAUUACGGCUUUUGUCACGGCAAAGCUAUCCUGGUCUGCACUCCAGAGCCGGACGUCUUCAAUCCUUGCGAAGACAUCAUGGGAUACGACAUUCUCCGAGUCCUCAUAUGGUUCAUUAACAUCCUUGCCAUUGUGGGAAACCUCAUCGUCUUUGUGGUCCUGGUGAUCAGCCAGAACAAGCUGACUGUACAGCGGUUCCUCAUGUGUAACCUGGCCUUCGCAGAUCUUUGCAUGGGGCUCUACCUGCUGCUGAUUGCUGCCGUCGACAUGAACACCAAGAGCCAAUAUUACAACUACGCCAUAGAUUGGCAGACCGGGGCCGGCUGUGCCUCCGCUGGCUUCUUCACCGUCUUCUCCAGCGAGCUCUCGGUCUACACGCUCACCAUGAUAACCUUCGAACGGUGGCACACCAUCACCCACGCCAUGCAGCUCGACAGGAAGCUACAGCUCAGACACGCUGUGGUGAUCAUGUGUGGCGGCUGGGUCUUUGCCCUCAUCUUAGCGGUGCUGCCCCUCGUGGGCAUUAGCAGUUAUAUGAAGGUCAGCAUUUGCUUGCCCAUGGAUGUAGAAAGUCUGGUUUCCCAGAUCUAUGUUAUAUUGAUACUCGUGCUGAAUGUCAUUGCCUUCGUGGUCAUUUGCGUCUGCUACGUCAAAAUAUAUUUAGCCGUCCAGAACCCAGACUUUGUGUCUAAAGGUAGCGACACCAGAAUUGCCAAACGAAUGGCGGUGCUGAUCUUCACGGACUUCACCUGCAUGGCGCCCAUAUCAUUCUUUGCCAUUUCAGCGGCCUUCAAGUGGCCCCUCAUCACGGUGACCAACGCCAAGAUUUUACUGGUGCUCUUCUACCCGCUCAACUCCUGCGCCAACCCCUUCCUCUACGCUAUCUUCACCAAAGCGUUCCGGAGGGAUUUCUUCAUCCUGAUGAGCCGCCUCGGCUACUGCGAAGCGCAGGCCCACAUGUACAAAAUGGACAAUUCGAACUCCAGGAGUGGAGGUGCCAUGGAAUGCCCGAGAGCAGUGGUCAAACUGACCAGCUUCAACGAGCUGGACUUGUCAGGCAGCGGAGCUGGUACCUGCAGCUUCGAGUCCUGAGAAACAAUCUGCUGGGUGGAAGUUUUAACCGCCUGAGGGGAGGAGGAAGAAUAUUGUGUCUCUAAGGUGUACAUACUUUAUUUUCCCCCCUGCAACCAGUAAGCAGGAUUGACGAAACCCAUUUCACGUUCAGUAUUUUUUCC